GUAGGAUGGAAGAGAGGAUGGCAGGAUGGGAGAGAGGAUAGUAGGAUGGUGGAGCUGGAAUGGCAGGGCAGAUGGUGGGAUGGCUGGAUACUAGGACGGUACGAUUGCUGGGCGUGGGACUGCAGGAUGGUCGGAUGUCAGGACGGUUCGUUGCAGGGAUGGUCGGAUGGUUUGUUGGUGGGAUGGUAGGAUGGUUCGUCGGUGGGACGGUACGACGAGAGGAUGGGAGAGAGGAUGGCAGGAUGGGAGAGAGGAUGGCAGGAUGGUGGAACUUGAAUGGCAGGGCAGAUGGUGGGAUGGUUGGAUACUGGGACGGUGGGAUGGUUGGGCGUGGGACUGCAGGAUGGUCGGAUGUCAGGACGGUUCGUUGGUGGGAUGGUUGGAUGGUUUGUUGGUGGGAUGGUGGGAUGGUGGGAUGGUUCGUCGGUGGGACGGUAAGACGAGAGGAUGGAAGAGAGGAUGGCAAGACGGUGGGGUGGCAGGAUGGUGGUAUGAAAGGAUGGCGGGAUGGGGGAGAGGAUGGAAAUCAGGAUGGUGGGAUGGUGGUAUGGCAGGAUGGCGGGACGGAUCAACAGGGGAGAUGGGCGGGGCCAUCAUUUGCGUUAGAACCAUGUAGCUUAAAGUUGAACUUAGACAACAGAGACUUUAUCAAAGGUCACCAAGGUGUGAGUGCUUUGGUUGAGGAGUGGAGAGACGAGCGACCAAAAUUUGAGAAACAUGAGGAUUGGAAACGUCAGCUGAAAACAAGCCGCCUGGAGUACUGGGAGAAAGAGUUAGAUAUGUUCAAUCAGCUGAAAACGGAAAAAAACUCCGAACCUAUUCCUCUGUCAACUUCUUUCUGGCCAUCGCCUAUGACGGAAAGCGUAGAAGAGUUGAAGGUGGAACUGCCCGUUGUCGAUUCGCCGCCGAGGAAGCAAUGUUUCGUGGGUUAUAAGAGUGAUGCCCCAAAACCGGAAUUCGACCCGACAAAGCAUGUUGAUGUCGGUUGUUUUGUAGUGAUGCGCGCUUCAGACGAGAAUGUAGAGAAAGGAGUUAGUUUUUGGGUAGGGCGUGUACAAGAGAUAUCACAGGACUCAGAGAAAAUUCUCGUGCAGUAUUGGAACCCACAAGGCAAAGAGACCGAUAUGUACAAGUUGUACGAAGACGCGUAGAACAAAACAUGGCGAGUUGA